AUGAAUAGCAGGAAAUUUAUUUCGAACUUGUCUGUGAAAGAUAAUAAUAUAAAAGAGGGAUGGAAUACAUGUAAAAUGUAUAAUUCUAAACAUGGGGAAAAUAACAAUAUAUGUGUGCACAUUCAUAAUAAUGUGCAUAUUUUUUACAACUCUUAUGAUCACUUAAGUAACAUCAAUAGUAUUAUAAACGCGUCUAAUAAUAAUAUAAUUGAUUUGGGUAUAUUUCAGAAUGAUCAAAACAAUGUGAGAGGUAUUAAACCUGAAAACAAUUUUCAUUUUAAUAAAAGAAACGAAAUUAAUAGUGUCAGUGGGUUCAAUAACUGGGUGAACUGGGUAGAUGUUGCCAAUACAAAUGUUGAUGGUGUCGGGGAAAAGGAUUAUAUUCCUGAAACAAUUCAGGGAUACUUUAGGAUGCCAAAUAGUAACGUUAAUGAUAGUAGACAAAUCAAUCAUGUCAACGACACCCACAACAACAACUUUGUCUUACAAAAUGAAUCAAGCACUUUAAUGCAUUCCAACGAAGGUAGGCAUACAUUUAUGAAUGAUAAGCAGAACUCGUACAAUAGUGAAAGAAUAUUAGAAGAUAUUAACGGUUCAAGUAAAAUAUACAAAAAGCAAUGUUUCGAAAAAGACCAUUCAUUUAAUCAAAUGAAAAUUUAUGAUAAUGAUUUGCAUUGGAAAAAUGCAAAACUGAUGGACAUGCGUUAUCCAUUUAAUAAUAAGCGUGGUGGUAACACAACUGCUGUUUUGAAAACUAAGGACACAAAUGAAGAAAACUUCAAAAAUUUAUAUGAUAACGGAUCACACAACAAGGGAAAUCAUAAACGAAUUUCUAAUACCCAUCCUAGAAAUUAUAUUCAUAACAGAACCGAUGACACAAUGUUGAAAUUCCAAAAUAUGAAUAGUCAUUUAAGUUUUAACAGUGCUAUCGAUGCUUUCAUGAGUGAAGAAUAUGCUAGUUGUGAACAAUUUCAUUACACUGUGGAUGAUUUAUGGGAAGACUCGAACGUAAAGUGGAUUGACAAUGCAAAAAAUGACAUUGAAUGUGCUCAUAACUUUUCCGACAUUGGGGGAUCCACUUGUACUUUUCGAAAAUGGGUAGAUAGUCAACAUAACUGUGAAAAUAAUAAAAUUACACGACGUAGUUAUUCUAAGAGGGAAAAUUGGGGCCAAAGAAGGAAUACACAUGAACAGGAGAAAAUAUUUUCCUUACAUGAAAGGCACGAAAUUGUAAAUGUGCUUAUGGAUGGAAAUACACACGAAGGAAAUGAUUUAGCAUGUAAAAAAAUAGAGAAAUGGGAAAUUAAUAAAAACAACAUGAACAAGUAUGAAAACAACAUGAGCAAGUGUGAAAACAAUAUGAACAUGUCAGAAAAAACGUUACAUUUUAAUGAGCAGUUAAUAAAAAGUGUGAAUUUGUUCAGUGCAGAGCAAAAUCACAUUCCGAGGGAGGAAAAGAAAAAAAAAAAUUUGCAGGACGUAGGCAGGGAGUCUUACGAAUUAAAUGAUAAAAAAAAAGAGAAAAAUGGGUUUAUAUGUGAUGUCAAACUGAAGGAGAAAAAUAAUACGACAGGUGAUAUAAACAAAAAGUCAACCUAUAAUAUGGUGAUUAGCAGUUUUGAAGAUGAUGAUUUAAAUUAUGACAGUGUGUGCAAAUUUUAUGAUAAUAAAAAUGACCUGAACGUGUCAGGCAGUGAGUUUCAUAAAAAUACUGAGGAGGGUUCAUAUAAAUGCUUUCAUCCUAAUGUCCCGCGAGGAAAUGGAGAAAUCUGGAGUUAUUGGGAAGACACAAUUUGCAAUCGUAACAGGGAGGUAUACCCAAAUGAACAUAUUACAUAUGAGGAUGAAAAAGAGAUAAAUUCAAACAAUGUAAUGAACUGUAAUCACAAAAGAUUGUUACCUAUAAGGGGUGAAGUAUGUUUUGAAAAGGGGAAAGAUGGGUGGAAUGAAAGCAAUUUUUACCUGAACAGUCAUAAUUUUGAGCAUAUUUUUAAAAAAAGUACAAAUAGAGAAAAUACACUUAUUUGUUGUGUAAAAGACGUGCACAACAAUUGUUGGUCGAAAAGAAUGCUUUGCAAAAAUAAGGAGCAUAAUUUGAAUAAUAAUAUGUGCGAAAAAAACACUUAUUUGGAAAAUAAAAAAGAAAAUAUAUGUGGGGGGGAGGGAAAAAAAAAAAGUGCACAAAUGGACAUAUUAAAAAAAUCAACAGAAUAUAACCAAGUGUCAUUAUCAAAUAAUAUUUUAAGUGAUGUCUACAUAAAUAAGAAAAUAAAUGAGGUUUUUGGAGAUUGUAAAAAAGACGAUAACUUAAGUGGAGAUAAAAUUGCAGAAGUAGUUCAUUGCAAUUUUGUAAAGGAACAAAGUUUCAUAUUUCCGAAUAAAACUGAGAUGGAAACCGAGAAAAAGGGACACAUUAAAAAUAACUCCUCGCCGAUUUUGGCAAAAAAUCAAUUUUUAAAAAAUAACUUGAACCAAAUAAAUCAUGACCAUUCAGUAAAAUUAAAUGGCAGCAAUACAGACACAUUAACGUUUAACAUUUCACAAUAUUUCUUGGAAAAUAAUGGUCAUAACGAUUUUUCAUGUAAAAACACUGAUUUUGAGUCACACGAAUGUCCUAAUUUUACGAUUGCUACUGCUACUACCAGCACUACGACAACAGAGCAGAGAAAUGGUUUAUAUGAAUUUUUAGAGUUUUGUGAUAACGGUGAAAUUAGGAAUAAACCAAGAGAGAGGGGAAUAUAUGAGUUACUAGAAAAUUACGAGAAAUACAAUAAUUCCAUCAAUCCAGUUGAGCAAGAAAAAAACCAAGAUGAAUUUGUAGAAAUUUGUCAUAAAAUUAGCAUCAAGGGAGAGAACAACAUGAAAGGGAACAUAAAAGGAAAGAUGAAAGAUGAGUUUUUGGAGAUUUAUCAUCAGGUGGAAAAUGCACACAUUCAAACAGUAUAUGAAGCCCCACACAUUCAUGAUAAAAUAGGAAAUAGCGGGAAUGGAAGUGGUAGUGGUUUUCAGCAGGACGAAUUUUUAGAUAUAUACGAUAAAAUUGUUAAUACAAAGAAUGUUCAAGUUGAUGAAUUUUUAGAAAUCCAUGAUGAUUCGGAGAAGUUUCAAAAAAAAUAUGAGCUUGAAGAUUGUCCAAAGUAUGAGCAUUCAAUGGACAUAGGGGACUACAGGGAGACAAAAAAAUUUAAGCAAAAUGAAACUAUCAAUUUUUUGGAAGAAUAUCACGAGGAAAAUAAGAGCUUUGGGGGAAAGAGGACAAAAAAUUAUUCCUCAUUUACAUAUGCUUCUGGGAAAGAAGUGAAAAUUAAUAAGGACGUGUUAAACCAGAUGAGGAAAAAAAUAUUUAGCGAUGACUACGAGGAAGAUAUGAUCAUAAGUAAAGGGGAAAUUCCAAAGGAGGGAAAUGUCGAAAUGAAAUUUAACAAUAAUAAAAAUUGUUCAUUUAGAGAAAUGAAUUUAUUGAGUGAAAAUGAUCAAAUGAAUUUUUUCCAUUUUGGCAUGAAAAAUGAAAAUGUGAACCCCAAGAAUAGUAAGGAAUACAAAUCAUUUACCUACGCAUCUGGGAAAGAAGUGAGUAUAAAUAAGAACCUGUUAAACAAAAUGAGUGAUAGACUGUUCGGGAAUGACAGUGUGUUAUAUGGAAUGAGCACAAAGGGCGAUGCUAAUGAGGAUGUUAAUAAGGAGGCUAAUGAGGAUUCUAAUAAGGAUUCUAAUAAAGAUUAUAAUAAGGAUUCUAAUAAGGAUUCAAAUAAGGAUUCAAAUAAGGAUUCAAAUAAGGAUUAUAAUAAGUAUGGUAAUAAAGAUGAUGAUCAGAAUGACAAUAGUAUGAACGCUGUGAAGGAGCUAAGCAACAGCUCCUUUGCGUACGCAUCUGGGAGAGAAGUGAAAAUAAACAAAGACGUACUAAACCAAAUGAGGGAUAGACUAUUCGGAAGUGACGAUUACUGUGAUGACAACAUUGGCUACAUAGACAAUAUAAAAAUAAGAAAAAAAAGAGAAAAAACAAAAAUAGACACCCUUUUUGGAAAUGCUGAUAAAAUUAUGAGCAAAGUCAAGGAAGAAAUAGGAUAUAAUACCUGCACAUUAACACGGAUAUCAGAGAAGGAAAAAGACAAAGACGAGAGUGAAAAGGGAAAAGAUAAAGGCGAGAGUGAAAAGGGAAAAGAUAAAGGCGAGAGUGAAAAGGGAAAAGAUAAAGGCGAGAGUGAAAAGGAAAAAGAUAAAGGCGAGAGUGAAAAGGGAAAAGAUAAAGGCGAGAGUGAAAAGGAAAAAGAUAAAGGCGAGAGUGAAAAGGAAAAAGACAAAGACGAGAGUGAAAAGGGAAAAGACAAAGGCGGGAAUGAACAAAUGGAGAAACGAGUAAAGGAACUAGAAAAUAAUGAACCCUGUGUUUGCAAUACUAACAAAAUUAAUAUUACACUGAGUGCUUCAGGGAAUGGAGAAAAUAUCAAGCUGCAUGAUUAUAUGAAAUUGCAAUCGAAAGGCUCCAAACCAAAACAAACAGUAAAGGUUUUUCCAUUUGGGAGUAAAGGUAAUAUGGAAGAUAUCUUUCUGGAAGAGGAAAUUUCUAAAGAACAGGAAUUACAUGAAUCAGAAGGUAAUAACGAAAUUGGAAAUACAGAAUUGAAUUUGCUACAUAAAAAAGAAAAUGAGUGUAUAUCUAUAAAUGAUAAUAACAUUUUGAAGAAUAAAGUAGGAAGGCAAAAAUUAAAAAUUGAUUUGAAAAAUAAAAAAGAUUUUGUUAAUCCAAGGAAACGUAAAUUAAAUAAAGAAAUAAGUGAAACAAAUAGGACAAGUGAAACAAAUGUAACACCAAGUGAUGUAAAAAAUAAAAAACUUGAUUUAAAUAUUAAUUUGAGAGAUCAUUUGAAAUUAAUAAGAGAUAUAUAUACCCAUUUAGCAAGGAAGAAAAAGUUAAAAAGUAAUAGAAAAUUAAAAAAUACUUUCAUGUAUGUAAAUGAAAAUAAAAACGGAUACAUAUUUAACUGGUUCAAUAAUGAUUACUUGUAUUUUCUAAAAAAUGAAGAAAAAAAUGAGUAUUACACAUCUGAUAUGAAUAUAAUGUAUGAGUUGUUCAUAUUAUUAACUAAACAUUUGAAUAUCUUUCAUUCAUAUGAUUUUGUGUGGUUCUCAAAGAAGUAUAAAUUGAUAACUAUGGCACUCGUUCGUAAAUAUACAAAAGUGUUACAAAAAAGAUAUGAAUCGAUGAAAAUGGACAUAAUAACGAGACAUCAUUAUUUCACGAGUUUGAAUAACUUUGUUGAUAGAAAAGAUUAUUAUUAUAAAACUUUUUUAUGUGAACAUAUCAAUCAAGAAAUGGGAACCCUAAAAAGGAAAAGUAGAAAUGAUGAAUAUACACAAAAUGAAAACGAUAAGAUUAAUAUGUCCCUUGUUAGGGAUAAAAGGGAAAAGAAUAUACCAUAUGAAGAAUUUUACAAUAACCAUUUUGCAGAAAAGCAUAAAUAUCGGGAGAAAAUAUGUCAAAGUCAAUCUGUACAAAAUAAAUUUCCUACAUAUGAUCACUCUGAAUUGGAUAAUGAAAAGUCAGGAGGAGGAACGUACAUGAGUAGAAAUAUAGAUUAUUCCCAUAUGAAUGGAAUUAUGUUGAAACUAGAUUCAAAGGAUUGUAUAUCAAGUGAGUACGAAUCAUACGCAAGGGAAGAGUGGAAUAAAAUAAACACAUAUAAUCAACAAUGGAUGCUGAUUAGAAUCAUUGAUGAAGUAGAACCCCCUUCACCAAUCGAAUUUAUGUUUAAAUUGUUAAAAAGGUAUAUAGAAGAAAAGAAAAAGAAAAAAUCCAUUUUACAAUUGAUACAAGAUAAUACAUUGUCUUAUAAAAUACCAGUAAAUCUACGAGUGGAACAAGUUAUAAAAAAUAAGGAUAAUGAAUUUGUUCUUAUUUUGAGUGAUAAUUUUGAUUAUAUAUAUUGUAUGACAAAAGAUAUAUAUUUACAAAAUUUACUUAUAUCACAUAAAAUAAAACAAGGAAAUAUAUUAAAAAUUAAUUCUCUAGACUUGUGUAACAAAAUACAAGAACAAAAUGAAAAUCAACAUUGUCAUAAACCAAUUAUGCAUUUUUCCCUAUCUAGUAAUGAUUUAAUAGAAAUAGACAAACAGAAUAAUCUAAAAAUUGGAUUGUCAAAAUAUAAAGCCAAAAAAAUUAGACACAUACAACAUUGGGGAAAUACAUGCUGUUUUGUAGAUGUCAUAAUUAUAAGUAAAAGUGAUUUUUCUUAUGGAUUCUACGAUCCUGUAAAAAAAAAAAACUACAUUCUACAUGGUAAUGUGUACGAAAAAAUAAUCUACAAUCUAAAAAAUGAAAUGAGCAAACUCUUGCAUGAGGAAAAUUUCCAACAAAAUCCGACAUACAUAAAAUUAAAAAAUGACUUGAGUAUGUUCCUUGAAGCUACCACUUUUUGCGCUCUGCAAGCCAUAGAUUUUGCUUCUGCCGAAAGGAUAAGGGAGACAAAUUCAUUGGAGGACAAGAUUGAGCAUAUCAUCAACUCCUUGUGCCAGAUUAAGAUGUACAAGAUGGACAUGGAGACGUACGAAAGCUUAAGGAAAGGAAACAGGAUCCAGCUGUUUAACGUACACGUUCAAAAAACGAAUAGAAAUAACAAAUUCAGCCAGAUGUUAGAAGAAGAUGUAAUGGAAGAAUUUAUUUACGAGACAUUUGAAGGGAGAAAGAAAGUUAAUCAUAUGAAAAAGCCAAUAAAUUAUGAGGUAUUCGAAUCCCAUUUUUUUAAUGAGGACAUGGAAAAAAAAAAAAAAAAAAAAGAAAUUAUUCAGUCAAAUGAUUUUGAUGAUUCCUUACAAUACACUCUCAUUGGUUCUUAUAGGAGAAGUAAAAAGUAUACUCCCAUUGUUCUCCAAGCCAUCAGUUCAACAUAUAUUAAUGUAGACGGAAAAUAUAGAAGCAAAUUAUUUGAGGACCUUAACAACUUGUUAACCAUACAAAAUAACACAGAAGGAAAUACAAAUGAAAAUAAAACUAAAAUCAAAUCUACGAAAGAGGAGGAAAUUUUAUACCCAUCAUUUAUUUACACGAACAUUUUUAAGAUUCCAGUUUUGUCAAGGAUCCAUUUUAAUAUUUUGAAAAAUUAUGUAAAAUUAAGUGCAAAAGGGAAAAGUUUCUACUAUGAUUUAAUUCAAGGAAAUUUCUACACCAUCUCAGGACUCAUAGUGCAUUAUACGGAUGUUGAAACAAAGGAAGUAGUAGACUACAAUUGUGAUGGUGAAAAGAAGAACAUUUUAUUCUAUAAACUUUUUCUAUUAACAUCCAACGGGAAUUUAUGUUGCGUAAACAUUUCUAUGAUUUCACCAGAUUUCUUAAUUUCAAUAUAUAAAAAAGAUUUUGAGUGCAAGGAAAGAGAAAUGCUUAAAAAAAUGAUUCAUGUUCAGCAUGUAGAAGUAAAUGAGUUUCAAAAAGUUGAAAAGAAAAAGAGACAAACAGGGAGUAGGAACUAUAAUAAUAAUAACAGCAACAGUAAUAAUCACCUAUAUAAUUAUUUGUAUAAAAGAGAAAAAAAGGACAGUGACAAUAUUGCCCAAGAGGACUUAGUCAGCAAAAACGUCGAUGUUUUUAUAUUCUUUAAAGAUGUUGAAUUCAUAAAUUAUGAUGAAAAAUAUGACAUUUACAACUUCCGAUCGUACAACCAUCCGCACUUCCAAACCCCAAGGUUGUAUUCGAACGAGUUCGAACAUACAAAAAGAAACAUAGCCGAAUUAAUAAGAGGAAAGUACAUUGAAUCCGAAAAAAAUAGACUUGUUGUAAAGAUAUCCAACAACUGGAAAAUAAAAAUUGAAAAAGAUAAUUUGCCAUGCAUGCACUUUCUAUAUUUGUUAAUCUAUUCAAAAUGCAAAUCCAUUGAAUUGACCGGAGUUAACCUAAAGAAUAAUUAUUUGUCUGUGUUUUUAAAAAACAUAUGGAAUAUUUUCAUUAAAUGA